AUGGCCCAACAUUUGGAAUCAAACUUCUCGAUUCGCAGUUUAUUAGCGAACAGUGAUGGUACUAAUCCAGCGCUGACACCUCCACUAUCUGACAGAUCCAUAUCACCUAACGAAAAUAUGUGUGGAGGUCGUCCCAACUAUACGUACAGUGCGUUGGUAUCAAUGGCAAUUCGCAGUAGUCCUGAAAAGAAACUGACUUUGAGUGCUAUACAGAACUGGAUCAGUGACAACUUCCCUUAUUACCGAAAGGAUGACCAGGGCUGGCAGAAUCAGAUAAGACAGACACUGAGCACCAACUCAUGUUUCCAGAAAACUCCACGACCUAUGAGCGAUCCAGGGCGAGGACAUUAUUGGGUCAUUAGUCCAGAAGUAGGAGCACUUCGAACUCCUGUUGCUGCCAGCAGUGAGACAGUACUUGGGGCGAUGGUGAAUGGUGUACCGCAUCCUCAGUUUCCAAAUGCUGUUUACUUCCCCACGCCGCAUGGGAUACACACUGCUCAUCAGACCAUGCUGGCUCAGGCGCUACAGGAACAGCAUGCCUGGUACCAGUAUCACCUGCAGCAAACGCAAUUUCUACAGCAACAACUAGUAGUUCUGCAACAACAGCACUUUCAACAGCAGUAUCAGGAAGUCUAUCAAAAACUUGCCUUCCACCAACAACAAAUCGCAUUUCUGGCGGCCCAGAAUGUUCCAGUUUGA